AUGGCUGUCGAUGGUGUUGCGCCUCGCGCCAAAAUGAACCAGCAAAGAGCGCGACGCUUUAUGUCUGCGAAGAAUUCACAAGAUGCAUUGCAAAAGGCGAUGAACAAGGGAGUACCAAUACCCAAUGAGAAGCCGUUCGAUUCGAACUGUAUAACUCCUGGUUUGUGCAACAUCGCUUUAGCCUCAGUUUUGUUCUGUCCGGGAGAGGGCGAACAUAAAAUAAUGGACUUUAUCCGGAGCGAGAGAAGCCAGCCUAAUUAUGAUCCAAAUACAAGGCAUUGCCUGUAUGGGCUUGACGCCGACUUGGUAAUUUUCGACAUUUGUGAAAACUGGUCAGGAGAGAUUGUAUUUCUUCGGACAGACUAUGAUUUGUUGGAUUUAGAUAAUGUUGGGGAUGUGUUCGCAUGA